AUGAAGGUGAAGAAAGGAUGGCUUGCUGUAGAAGUAGGGUUAGAAGAUGAGGAUGGUGGAUUUCAGCGCUUCACCAUCCCAAUUUCUUAUCUUUACCAUCCACUCUUUAAGAGGCUUUUGGAGAGAGCUCAUGAGGUUUACGGGUACCAUACCACUGGUCCUCUCCGGCUGCCAUGCUCCGUCGACGACUUCCUUCAUCUCCGGUGGCGGAUUGAGAAGGAGUCGUCGUCGAACCACCACCACCAUCACCAUCACCAUCACCAUCAUCAUCACCAACACCACCCUCUCUCUACUUCUCUAUCUUUUCACUCUUGCUGA